AUGGUCUCCCAUUCUCCCGCUUUCCAUCACCCCGCCCCAUUCUCCCGCUUUCCAUCACCCCACCCCAUUCUCCCUCUUUCCAUCACUCCACCUCAUUCUCCCGCUUUCCAUCACCCCGCCCCAUUCUCCCGCUUUCCAUCACCCUGCCCCCUUCUCCCGCUUUCCAUCACCUCGCCCCAUUCUCCCGCUUUCCAUCACCUCGCCCCGUUCUCCCGCUUUCCAUCACCCGCCCCAUUCUCCCGCCUUCCAUCACCCCGCCACAUUCUCUCGCUUUCCAUCACCCCGCCCCAUUCUCCCUCUUUCCUCACCCCGCCCCAUUCUCCCUCUUUCCAUCACCCCGCCCCAUUCUCCCUCUUUCCAUCACCCCGCCCCAUUCUCCCUCUUUCCAUCACCCCGCCCCAUUUUCCUGCUUUCUAUCACCCCGCCCCAUUCUCCCGCUUUCCAUCACCUCGCCCCAUUCUCCCGCUUUCCAUCACCUCGCCCCGUUCUCCCGCUUUCCAUCACCCGCCCCAUUCUCCCGCCUUCCAUCACCCCGCCACAUUCUCUCGCUUUCCAUCACCCCGCCCCAUUCUCCCUCUUUCCUCACCCCGCCCCAUUCUCCCUCUUUCCAUCACCCCGCCCCAUUCUCCCUCUUUCCAUCACCCCGCCCCAUUCUCCCUCUUUCCAUCACCCCGCCCCAUUUUCCCGCUUUCUAUCACCCCGCCCCAUUCUCCCGCUUUCCAUCACCCCGCCCCAUUCUCCCGCUUUCCAUCACCCCGCCCCAUUCUCCCGCUUUCCGUCAUCCCGCCCCAUUCUCCCGCUUUCCAUCACCCCGCCCCAUUCUCCCGCUUUCCAUCACCCCACCCCAUUCUCCCGCUUUCCAUCACCCCGCCCCAUUCUCCCGCUUUCCAUCAUCCCGCCCCGUUCUCCCGCUUUCCAUCACCCCGCCCCAUUCUCCCGCUUUCCAUCACCCCACCCCAUUCUCCCGCUUUCCAUCACUCCGCCCCGUUCUCCCGCUUUCCAUCACCCCGCCCCGUUCUCCCGCUUUCCAUCACCCCGCCCCAUUCUCCCUCUUUCCAUCACCCCGCCCCAUUCUCCCGCUUUCCAUCACCCCGCCCCGUUCUCCCGCUUUCCAUCACCCCGCCCCAUUCUCCCUCUUUCCAUGACCCCGCCCCAUUUUCUCGCUUUCCAUCACCCCGCCCCAUUCUCCCGCUUUCCAUCACCCCGCCCCAUUCUCCCUCUUUCCAUCACCCCGCCCCAUUCUCCCGCUUUCCAUCACCCCGCCCCAUUCUCCCGCUUUCCAUCACCCCGCCCUAUUCUCCCGCUUUCCAGCACCCCGCCCCAUUCUCCCGCUUCCCAUCACCCCGCCCUAUUCUCCCGCUUUCCAUCACCCCGCCCCAUUCUCCAUCUUUCCAUCACCCCGCCCCAUUCUCCCGCUUUCCAUCACCCCGCCCCAUCCUCCCUCCUUCCAUCACCCCGCCCCAUUUUGCCGCUUUCCAUCACCCCGCUCCAUCCUACCUCACCCCGCCCCAUUCUCCCGCUUUCCAUCACCCCGCCGCAUUCUCCCCCCUUCCAUCACCCCGCCCCAUUUUCCUUCUUUCCAUCACCCCGCCCCAUUCUCCCGCUUUCCAUCACCCCGUUCCAUUCUCCCGCUUUCCAUCACCCUGCCCCAUUCUCCCGAUUUCCAUCACCCCGCCUCAUUCUCCCUCUUUCCAUCACCCCGCACCAUUCUCCCGCUUUCCAUCACCCCGCCCCAUUCUCCCGCUUUCCAUAACCCUGCCCCAUUCUCCCGCUUCCGAUCACCCCGCCCCAUUCUCCCGCAUUCCAUCACCCCGCCCCAUUCUCCCUCUUCCCAUCACCCCGCUCCUUUCUCCCGCUUUCUAUCACCCCGCCUUAACCUCCCUCCUUCCAUCACCCUGCCCCACUCUCCCUCUUUCCAUCACCCGGCCCCAUUCUCCCACUUUUUUUCACCCCGCCCCGUUCUCCCGCUUCCCAUCACCCCGCCCCGUUCUCCCGCUUUGCAUCACCCCGCCCCGUUCUCCCGCUUUCCAUCACCCCGCCCCAUUCUCCCUCUUUCAAUCACCCCGCCCCAUUCUCCCUCUUUAUAUAACCCCGCCCCUUCUCCCGCUUUCCAUCACCCCGCCCCAUUCUCCCGCUUCCAUCACCCCGCCCCAUUCUCCCUCUUUCCAUCACCCCGCCCCAUUCUCUCGCUUUCCAUCACCCCGCCCCAUUCUCCCGCUUUCCAUCACCCCUUCCCAUUCUCCCCCUUUCCAUCACCCCGCCCCAUUCUCCCGCUUUCCAUCACCCCGCCCCAUUCUCCCGCUUUCCAUCACCCCGCCCCAUUCUCCCGCUUUCCAUCACCCCACCCCAUUCUCCCGCUUUCCAUCACCCCGCCCCGUUCUCCCGCUUUCCAUCACCCCGCCCCAUUCUCCCUCUUUCCAUCACCCCGCCCCAUUCUCCCGCUUUCCAUCACCCCGCCCCAUUCUCCCGCUUUCCAUCACCCCGCCCCAUUCUCCCGCUUUCCAUCACCCCGCCUUAACCUCCCUCCUUCCAUCACCCUGCCCCAUUCUCCCUCUUUCCAUCACCCCGCCCCAUUCUCCCACUUUUAUUCACCCCGCCCCGUUCUCCCGCUUCCCAUCACCCCGCCCCGUUCUCCCGCUUUCCAUCACCCCGCCCCGUUCUCCCGCUUUCCAUCGCCCCGCCUCAUUCUCCCUCUUUCCAUCACCCCGCCCCAUUCUCCCGCUUCCCAUCACCCCGCCCCGUUCUCCCGCUUUCCAUCACCCCGCCCCGUUCUCCCGCUUUCCAUCACCCCGCCCCAUUCUCCCUCUUACCAUCACCCCGCCCUCUUCUCCCGCUUUCCAUCAUCCCGCCCCAUUCUCCCGCUUUCCAUUACCCCGCCCCAUUCUCCCGCUUUCCAUGACCCCGCCCCAUUCUCCCUCUUUAUAUAACCCCGCCCCUUCUCCCGCUUUCCAUCAGCCCGUCCCAUUCUCCCGCUUCCAUCACCCCGCCCCAUUCUCCCUCUUUCCAUCACCCCGCCCCGUUCUCUCGCUUUCCAUCACCCCGCCCCAUUCUCCCGCUUUCCAUCACCCCGCCCCAUUCUCCCCCUUUCCAUCACCCCGCCCCAUUCUCCCGCUUUCCAUCACCCCGCCCCAUUCUCCCACUUUCCAUCACCCCGCCCCGUUCUCCCGCUUUCCAUCACCCCGCCCCAUUCUCCCGCUUUCCAUCACCCCGCCCCGUUCUCCCGCUUUACAUCACCCCGCCCCAUUCUCCCUCUUUCCAUCACCCCGCCCCAUUCUCCCGCUUUACAUCACCCCGCCCCAUUCUCCCACUUUCCAUCACCCCGCCCCAUUCUCCCGCUUUCCAUCACCCCGCCCCAUUCUCCCUCUCUCAAUCACCCCGCACCAUUCUCCCGCUUUCCAUCACCCCGCCCCAUUCUCCCGCUUUCCAUCUCCCCGCCCCGUUCUCCCGCUUUCCAUCACCCCGCCCCAUUCUCCCUCUUUCCAUCACCGCGCCCCAUUCUCCCGGUUUCCAUCACCCCGCCCCAUUCUCCCACUUUCCAUCACCCCGCCCCAUUCUCCCGCUUUCCAUCACACCGCCCCAUUCUCCCUCUCUCAAUCACCCCGCACCAUUCUCCCGCUUUCCAUCACCCCGCCCCAUUCUCCCUCUUUCCAUCACCCCGCCCCAUUCUGCCUCUUCCCAUCGCCCCGCCCCAUUCUCCCUAAAUCCAUCACCCCGCCCCAUUCUCCCGCUUUCCAUCACCCCGCCUCAUUCUCCCUCUUUCCAUCGCCCCACCCCAUUCUCCCGCUUUCUAUCGCCCCGCCCCAUUCUCCCUCUUUCCAUCACCCAGCCCCAUUAUCCCUCUUUCCAUCACCCAACCCCAUUCUCCCUCUUUCCAUCACCCCGCCCCAUUCUCCCUCUUUCCAUCACCCCGCCCCAUUCUCCCUCUUUCCAUCACCCCGCCCCAUUCUCCCUCUUUCCAUCACCUCGCCCCAUUCUCCCGCUUUCCAUCACCCCGCCCCAUUCUCCCUCUUUCUAUCGCCCUCCCCCCCCCCCAUUCUCCCUCUUUCCAUCACCCCGCCCCAUUCUCCUGCUUUCCAUCACCCCGCCCCAUUCUCCCUCUUUCCAUCACCCAGCCCCAUUCUCCCUCUCAUCACCCCGCCCCAUUCUCCCUCUUUCCAUAACCCCACCCCAUUCUCCCUCUUUCCAUCACCCCGCCCCAUUCUCCCGCUUUCCAUCACCCCGCCUCAUUCUCCCGCUUUCCAUCACCCCGCCCCGUUCUCCCGCUUUCCAUCAGCCCGCCCCAUUCUACCUCUUUCCAUCGCCCCGCCCCAUUCUCCCUCUUUCCAUCACCCAGCCCCAUUCUCCCUCUCAUCACCCCGCCCCAUUCUCCCUCUUUCCAUAACCCCACCCCAUUCUCCCUCUUUCCAUCACCCCGCCCCAUUCUCCCGCUUUCCAUCACCCCGCCUCAUUCUCCCGCUUUCCAUCACCCCGCCCCCCCCAUUCUCCCUCUCAUCACCCCGCCCCAUUCUCCCUCUUUCCAUAACCCCACCCCAUUCUCCCUCUUUCCAUCACCCCGCCCCAUUCUCCCGCUUUCCAUCACCCCGCCUCAUUCUCCCGCUUUCCAUCACCCCGCCCCGUUCUCCCGCUUUCCAUCACCCCGCCCCAUUCUCCCGCUUUCCAUCACCCGCCCCAUUUUCCCUCUUUCGAUCACCCCGCCCCAUUCUCCCGCUUUCCAUCACCCUGCCCCAUUCUCCCGCUUUCCAUCACCCCGCCCCAUUCUCCCGCAUUCCAUCACCCCGCCCCAUUCUCCCUCUUUCCAUCACCGCGCCCCAUUCUCCCACUUUCCAUCACCCCGCCCGAUUCUCCCGCUUUCCAUCACCCCGCCCCAUUCUCCCGCUUUCCAGCACCCUGCCCCAUUCUCCCGGAUCCCAUCACCCGGCCCCAUUCUCCCGCUUUCCAUCACCCCGCCCCAUUGUCCCGCUUUCCAUCACCCGCCCCAUUCUCCCGCUUUCCAUCACCCUGACCCAUUCUCCCUCUUUCCAUCACCCCGCCCCAUUCUCCCUCUUUCCAUCACCCCGCCCCAACUCCCUCUAUCCAUCACCCCGCCCCAUUCUCCCGCUUUCCAUCACCCCGCCUCAUUCUCUCGCUUUCCAUCACCCCACCCCAUUCUCCCUCUUUCCAUCACCCCGCCCCAUUCUCCCGCUUUCCAUCACCCGCCCCAUUCUCCCGCUUUACAUCAACCCACCCCAUUCUCUCGCUUUCCAGCACCCCGCCCCAUUCUCCCACUUUCCAUCACCCGCCCCAUUCUCCCGCUUUCCAUCACCCCGCCCCAUUCUCCCGCUUUCCAUCACCCCUCCCCAUUCUCCCUCUUUCCAUCACCCUGCCCCAUUCUCCCGCUUUCCAUCACCCCGCCCCAUUCUCCCUCUUUCCAUCACCCCGCCCCAUUCUCCCUCUUUCCAUCACCCCGGCCCAUUCUCCCUUUUUCCAUAA